ACUAAAAAAUGUGAGUGGCUUUGGUGUCGGGUGAAAGGGAAAAUUAAGAUGCUGCGAGUGGGCAAAAAGAGAGUUUUGGGAACGACGUCGUUAGGCUUUAGGGUUCCCGCGCGGUUGUACCACGUGAGGGUUGUGGAUCAUUACCGGAAGAAUUAA